GCGGGGAGUGGAAAGGAGGUGAGGCUGUUCUCAUGGGGCCUGCCCCUUGUUUCACGCUGUGAGCCGCUAUGGGAAUAAACCCGCGCUCGACCGACCAGCUCCGCGGUUGCAAGCGCUCCUCUUUCGCAAAGGCUGCGCCCCCCAGUGCCUGCCAAACACCAGCGCCAGGUACAACUCCCAGCUUCUUGGUCCAGGGGAAGAAAAACUUCUGAGUACUUUGCAUCAAGGGAGAACAGAAACCACUGCAGAGACCAGCUACCCUCACAAGUGACGUGGGACAGAUUUAUAUACAGAAACCCUGAGGCUUUGCAGUUGCCUAGGAGCUGUCACUGUGCCCUUCUAAGAUGGCUCUUCCAAAUCUCACUCAACCAGAGUAUCUUCCACAGCCCACCAACUCCAAUGAUGGCCUACAGGGCCUGUUUGCUAUGAUGCAUUCUUUUUUGGGGCUAGUGCAACCCAACAGUUUCCCAGAUUUCCUGCCUCAACUGAUCAACCGUGAGACUGACUUUACAAGUCCAGGCUUUUUCAAAAAGGUGCUUGUAUAUCAGGCAGGAUUUCUGGUUUGCAUCAUCAUUGGAGUGCUCUUCAUCAUCCUCAUGCCCCUGGUGGGCUUGUGUUUCUGCUGCUGUCGCUGCUGUGGGAACUGUGGGGGUCGCAUGUACCAGAAGCAGAAGAAGAACACUGGCUGCCAUAGACAGGCAUUCUUUGCAUCUGUGCUGGUUGUUACUGGCAUUCUUCUGGCUGGAGAUAUCUGUGCCUAUGUCAGCAACAACCGCAUGUCCGAGAGUGUAGAUAAAAGUUUCAGUGCUUUCAACAGUACAAUGGACAACUUGCAAAUCUUCUUGAGUUCCAUCCCUCAGGAGGUUGAUAUCCUAAUCAAAUUCAGCUCAGUGCCAAUACAGCAAACCAAUGACAGCUUGCUGGGCAUCGGGAAAGAUUUGGGGGGUAGGAUUGUGAAAACACUAAGUGGGAGGGCACAUGCAACACUGAAUACAGCUGAACAGCUUUUCCAAGUGAUUGAUACUGUGGAACAGGAACUCUGGAAUGUCAGCAAGGCAGCCGAUCGCUUGCAGAAGCUGCAGGAGGAGCUGGCCUUCAAUCUGACCACCCUGAGUGAAAACAUCAAUAAGACUUUGAAUAACUGCAGCGACCCUUGCCAGAAUGUUUCAGUAAAAGGACUGGUGGUUGUGGCCAAUUUCAGCAUGGUUCCUGAUGUCAAGCAUGCACUUCAGCUGAUAGGCAACGUGACACAGUUGAACCCCAAAGUCACUCUUGUGGAGGCAAACAAUACGCUGAAUAAGAUACCAGAAAAGGUUUCUGAGCAAGCAGAGAAUGUGGUAUCUGAGGGACAGGCUCAACUGGACAGCCUCAAGCAGAAGAUUGCGAACGUCCGGAGCAGCUUUCCCAUGCUGGACAUGCUGGGGAAUGUCUCUAGGUUUCUGGAUGACAUCACUGAGAAGGCCAGUACCUAUGAGCCAAACAUCAAAACCUAUGAUGGCUAUAGGAGGAUUGUUGGCAUCUGCCUCUGCUGUCUGGUGCUCCUGAUAAUUGUACUCAAUGCUUCGGGCCUGCUGUUUGGUGCACUUGGGCUAGACUCGCAGGCACCACCCACCAAAAGAGGUUGCCUCUCCAGCUCUGGAGGAGACUUCCUAAUGGCGAGUGUUGGGUUCAGCUUUAUUUUUGCAUGGCUUCUGAUGCUGCUGGUUCUGCUGACAUUUUUAGUAGGGGGCAACGUAUACACGAUAGUGUGCCGUCCCUGGGCCACUGGGCAGCUCCUUCAGUUCCUAAACACACCAGGGCUCUUCCCAGAAUUAAACCUGUCGAGGUCCUUGGGAAUAAAGGAUUCGAAUGUGACUCUGGCCAGCCUUUACAAGGACUGCAAGAACAACAAUUCCCUGUGGAACACUCUUCACUUGGGUGGGACAGUCUCUCUAGAUGACGACCUCAACAUCAGCAGGUACACACAUGACAUUAACUCGACUUUGGAUAACUUAAAGAUCAAUGUGACUGCUCUUAAGUUUAUGACAGAAGAUCAAAAGUAUUCCCUGAGAGACCUCUGGAGAAAGGAUGAGUCACUGAAUCUGAACUUCACUGGUACUCUGCAGCAAAUGAACCAGAAUAUGACACAGAAAGAUCUGUUUGACUUCGCUAAGCAGCUAGAGGAUCUGGCAAAUCACACACAUGUUCCUAUUCGUGAACAACUGCAAGAUCAGGCCAACAGUUUGAAAGAGAUCCAGUCAAGGGCCAGCUCCAGUUUUUCUGCUGCAAUUCAAGCCCUGAACAGCAGCAUCUGGGAGUUACACACGUCUGUGCCUCAGGUCCGAGAGCUGGGGAAUUCCACAUUGGCACAAAUAGAGGAGGCUGAAGUAUUUAUGAAGAAGCAUCUAAAAGACAUUGUUAAGAAUGCAACCUUGGGUUUUGUACGUAGUGUGCUGGGUUAUUUUGAAGUGUACCUGGACUGGGUCAAAUACACUAUAACAGGAGAAGUAGCGCGCUGUGGCCCUGCAGCCUGGACAUUGGAUGCUGCAAACACCAUUGUCUGCAGCUACAUUGUUGAUGUUUGGAAUGCUUUUUGGUUUAGUUUGGGCUGGUGCACCAUAUUCCUGCUGCCAAGUGUCAUCUUGGCAGUGCGCCUUGCCAAGUUCUACCGCAGGAUGCGAAUGGAUGAUAUCUACGAGAGCAAUGGGGAAACUAUGGAACUAUCAAGGCCAUCACAUGCAUUCAAAAUGCCGCGUCCAGAGCUGAGGAAGUAAUGGCUCCUUUCCUACCUAUCUACCUUUGAACAGCCCUGAGGUUGACACAAUGAAUUUUACACUAUCCCCAGACCUGUCUUGCUAAUGUGAACCAUGUGGAUCAGCAUCUACCAGGAAUUUUUUUCUGCUCAAGAUAACAGUGGGGAAACACCAGUGUUUACCUGCAGGAGUGCCAUCGGCAAACACACAACCCAGCUGCUGUUGAGCAAGUGUACAGCCUGUGUUCCUGUGUGUGCUGUACUUACGUUCACCAUAUCAUGAAUACUACGGUGGCAGCCCUUGUACUUCAUCAUUGUUGCAGUGCUGUUGGGACUGUAGUUCCUUGUGCUGCAGCUUGCGGAGGGGUGGCUGGUGGGGAGAGUAGGUCUUGCCUCUCGUUUGGAUUUAGUGCCUGCUGUGUUUAUGUGUCUUCAGAUGGCCUUGCAGUCUUGGAUGACUUAAGGCACUCCUACUAUGCUCACCCCAACUAGAAGAGUUAAAAUGGACCUAUUUACUUUUUCCCUAGCCAGGGGCAGUAGGUUGUGGGGCAGUUUCCAAUGCAGAUGAAGCUGGAUGUGUUACCAUUAAAAUGACUGAUUCUGAGCUGAAGGUAUGUCAAUCGUAAUCAUUACAGCAAUCAUUCUGCUGAGCAACCUGACAUAACUGUAUGGAAAAGGUCUGCUGCCUUCAGUCUUCCAUGGUUUACUUCCAUUUAGUAGAAUACUAAAUUUUCAAAGACAAUGUAUGCUGUAGAUCUCUGAACAAUUCAGAGAUCUAUAACUAAUCUAUUUUAAGUGAUUGUAACUAUAACACCAUUACAUUAAAUAUUAAGUGCCUUGCCAGAUCAGAUCAAAGUCCAUUUUUGGCAAAAAAUACUGGGAAUUAGAAGACACAAAGUGGGCCACUGCAAAUUGGGUUCAAAACUGAGCCAGGGCAGACUCCUUGAGAGUGUGAGUUAAACGCCCAAAUUACUGCACAAUUCUAGCAGGAAGUAUCAGGAAAAUAUUUCCUGAGGCAGCCUGUUACUGUUCUAAUAUAUGCAGCAAUAUAUUCUCUCCUACCUUCCUCCAGCCUCAGAGUGUUUUCACUGCCUCCCCCACUUGCAGUUCAAAAUACUCUGACAUGCUGUUUCUGAGGAAAUGGAGGAGAGGGAAUCAUGUCAAAAGCAGGAGUACUGUACCUUCUUGCUAAAUAUAUAAUAGAUACAGCAAAAAAUGUUAUGUCAGGCCUUUGAAGGUAAUGGGUUUUGGUCAUACGUGCCUUAAAAUGUGCCCCUCUCCGUUACUGCAGACCAGGGCUUUUUUUCUGGGAAAAGAGGCAGUGGA